AUGUCAUAUUAUAACCCUUACCUGAGCAUGCCCCAACAAUAUAUGGGCCUGCCAUACUACCAAUACUACACGCCUCCAGAGUCUAACGGACAGUUGCAGGGCCAGGAUAUGCAUCCCUCUCAACUGCAACAUCAACACCAGCAUCAGCAUCAGCACCAGCACCCACACCAACACCCUCAGCUUUUUCAAAACCCUCACGGCGUUACGCAGUACGAUCAAUUUGUCGGACAACACGAGGAUGUUGGUGGAUUCUCAGGCGAAAGAGAGCAGCUGCCUUCUGCUGCUGGCCAAUUUAACAAUGGGGGUGACUUGUAUGGUGUGGAAGAGAACAAGUACUACGAUGACUCGGAUCUCCCUGGAAUCAGGCCUCCAAAUCACCAUCAGCUGUCCGCAGAUGCAACCUUGAAUCGCCAGAUGCAAGAGUUGAAUCUUGGAAAUUUCCACCAAUCGUCGGACACUUCAUUUCGUCCUUCGCCAUUUAGUAACCCAAACACGCUCGAAUUACCUCACACACCUUCGGGCGACAUCCUCAUCGGCGGCAGCGCUCAGCCAAGUAUGAUUCCUGCCUCCCCUGGUGGUGGAUCUAGUAUGCCCGCUCAAGUGGCUCCUUCAAGAACUGUUUACUUAGGCAAUAUCCCCAGUGACAUCGAGCCCAAUGAGUUGUUGGAUUAUGUCAGAAGUGGUAUUUUGGAGAAUGUUAAGAUUUUGCCUUCGAAGAACUGUGCUUUUAUUUCUUUUAUUGAUGCACAAUCAGCAUUGUUGUUCCACUCUGACUGCAUUUUGAAGAAGCUUCACAUCAAGGGAAACGACAUCAGGAUUGGCUGGGGCAAAAACGCUCCAAUUUUGCCAGCUGUUAUGGAAGCCAUUCAAAGAGAUGGGGCUACCCGUAACGUUUAUUUGGGUAAUUUGAACAAUCCUGUUACGGGCGAGAUGAUCACCGAGGAGGAGUUGAGAGAAGACCUCUCCGCGUUCGGCGUUAUUGACUGUAUUAAAAUCAUUCCCGAGAAGGGCAUCGCAUUUAUUCAUUUCUUGUCCAUAUUGAGUGCCAUCAGAUGCGUGGCAAACUUGCCUUUGAAAGAGAAGUACUUGGACAAGAAGUGCUUCUAUGGUAAGGACAGAUGCGCUUUCAUCACAAAAACUCAGCAGCACAACGCCGCUCAGUACUUGGGAUUAGCUCCAGGAAUGGAGCACGUUGUUACGGCUGCUGAUAGAGAGUUCAUUUCCAGUGCCUUGGUACAACAGUCUGCUGCUGCUGCCCAGAUUGCUACCCAAGCUGGCGGUGCCAACAAUUUGGGAAAUAGAACCGUUUACUUGGGCAAUUUGCACCAAGACUCGACAGUCGAGGAAAUCUGCAACGUUGUGAGAGGUGGUUUAUUGCAGAGCAUUCGUUUCUUGAGUGAACGCCACGUUUGCUUCAUUACUUUUAUCGAUCCAAUCGCGGCUGCCCAGUUCUUCGCUAUGUGUCAAUUGCAUGGUUUGACAAUCCACAACAGAAGGAUAAAAGUCGGUUGGGGAAAACACUCGGGUCCUUUGUCAAAUGCAUUGUCUUUAGCGGUUUCAAAUGGUGCGCUGAGAAAUAUCUACAUUGGAAACAUUACUGACUUUGAAUAUUACAACGCUAAGAAAUUGAGAAAGGACUUCUCGAAGUUUGGUGAUAUUGAGCAGAUUAACUAUCUUGAAGAGAAAAACUGUGCGUUCAUCAACUUUGUCAACAUUGCCAACGCAAUUAAGGCAAUCGAUGGUAUUAAAUCUUUUGACGACUACAAAAAGCUCAAGAUAAACUUUGGUAAGGACAGAUGUGGCAACUUGCCAAGACAAUUCCAAAAUCAACAGCAGGUAAACUCCAAUUUGAACUUACCUCAGUUUGCUAGCAGCAUGACACAACCUAGUGACGACAGCUCAUACUCCGAGACUGAGUUUGUUGAUGAGACAACAAGAGAGGCCAGUCAGUGA